GUGGUCACGUGAUCUCAAACUCACGUGCUUUUUGAAUCGGUCGAAACGGUCUCUGUCGGUCUUUGAAAAACGGUCAGACCGUUUGUAAGCCUCCCCUUCCCAUGGCGCAGCUGCCGAUCAAGCUGACUUUUAGCGUUCCCCGUUAGCCCUUGACAUCAUAACUGACUAAAUGUCGGGUCACACGAAGGACAUGAAUGACAGCCAUACUGAGGCCCUGCAGGCCCUGUUUAAUUCGCUGAUACUCAAUGGACCGGAUACGAGUCCGUCCUCAAAGCUAACACCUUCACAACUCAAACAUCUCGCUCUUAAAAUAGAUGAGAUCCUCGGAGGUGCGAGUGACGGUGAAGGCUUGCAACGGAAUGAGAAGGGCGAACUUCUUAACGACGAGGGUCUCCCGAUCAUAGACAUCACUGAACCUGCUGCGGAUAUCAGUGAUGUUCACUCUCCAGCGGCUCCAUUUCAUGAGCCGGAUCUCACAUCAGAAUCAUCUCUAUCUGCUUCAGAGAGGGAACAGCGUCGUCGCACACGAGAUCAUAUUUUGGACAUGCUUGAAGAAGAGGAACGGUUGCAAUUGGAAAGAGACGAAGCAGAGGAAAGGGAGAAGCGGAUGGAGGAUAUACAUAAGCGCAAGGAGGCCGCGAAAACAUUUGCUAAUCCCAGCUCGCCGGAUGAAUCCUUGCCACACGAGUCUUACACUUCGGGCAGUGACUCCGAUGACGAAUCAGAUGAGGACCAGCUCGAAGAGGAAUUUGAUUGGGAUUCUGCACAGCACCACCGAGAAGUGGCCCUGGAGUAUUAUAAGAAGCGUCAUGUUAUUGGUGCAGAGGCCGCCCAAGCGAUGACUUCGCACACGCACGAUGAUGAAGAAUGGAACCAAGGGGACAUUACCCCAAAUCAGCGCCAAAAACCUAGCGUGUCGCGUUUCAGGGCUGAUCGUAUGGCCAUGGCAUAUGACAAAUCUACCUCUACUUCGCUUGGUCCAUCAGUUAUCCCGGCCUCUCGACAAAAAUCCUUGCAAGAAGCUAUUCGAUUGGGAAAAAUUGAAAACAACCAUCUUGUUGGCGGCGAGGAGGGGGAAAGCGGAAGCGAGGAUGAGGCCGUCCGAGAGGUCUUGGAGCUUCUGAGCAAUGGCCGCAUCCAUAAUGCUGGUCCCGUGGGCAAUGGCCGCAUCCAGAAUGCUGGUCUUGGUGUCAUGCGCUCGACUGUGACAGAAUUAAGCGCAGGUCCUGCGAGGAGCGCGGCAGAUGCAGCUACCAGCGUUCCGGGAGGAAAGAUAUCUAGGUUCAAAGCAGAGAGGAUGUAGGAUGCACCUCAGCGUGCAGGUAGGAUGGACGAUGAACGAUUAUAAUUGGCUUACUACUCUACAGAAGUAACAAUCACACUCUAAUUCAAGAAGUCGCGCCGCAGUUGGUACAAACGCAUCGUUGAGAACUCGUUUUGUAAUUUCGCGGAUCCCUAUAUCUUCGAUGGCCAACAAACCACGAACGACGCGCGGGCCUGCUAUCUGACUCGUCGAAUGGAGAUGAAAAAUGGCAGAAUAAUUAGAAAGCCCACGAGUAGCUCAGUGUAUCUUGCAUCAAAGCUCAGCAUUUUGAUAAGUGGAGGUAUAUUCAACGCAGGGUAGAUAAUACUCCGAAGGGGU